AUGGCCAAAAUGGAGGUCGACGAUGUGGUCGACUUGAGUCUGGGUUCUGGCCGAGAUCCGGCGUUGACCAUAACGCCGACAACAACGCCAGCAGCAGCAGCAGCAACAACAACAACGACGCUCAGCAAUCGGGAUUUACGGGCGCUGACUGCGAAUAAUACGGGACUGACAAUAACGCCAGCGCCGGCGCCGACAGCGGCAGCGACAGCAGCUUCCAAUGCUGGAAAUGGCAGCAGCACUAACAACAGCAACAACAACAACAACACAGCCAACAGCACAGCAACAACAAUAACCAAUAGUAGUAGCAACAACAAUAAUAACUCCGAGGGAGCAACGUUAACGGGCAGCGGAACUGGAACUGGAAGUGGGAUUGUUAGCGGAACCGGAACCGGCGUCCAGGAUGAGAACAAAGUACAACGUCGCGUGCUGCGUCCACGCACCGAACCCAAGUCCUAUGCCGAAGCACCCGAUAUUGUUUUACUCCCGGCCCGAACAAAUGGAAGGCAACAGAACGGCAACAUUGAUUCGGAGACGGAUGACGAGGAGAUGCCGCCCUAUGUGCCCAUCAAGGAGUUGACGCACGCCGAGCUCAAGGAGCGCGAGAAGAGUUUGCGCAAAUUGCGUCAAGAUUUGCGCAAUGAGGAGACGAAAUUAAUGCUCCUGAAAAAACUGAAGCAAUCGCAGCAGGUGAUGAAGGAGAAUCUGGUCGUAACGCCCACAAGUGUAUCGCCCAAUAAUCCACUGGCAGCGAUACCCAGUGCCCUCACCGCCAAGGGGUCGCUCAGUGUGACGCCCACGUCGGCAAUGCCGAUGCCAGCGCACAGCAAAGGAAGGAGCAGUUUGGCAGGUGGCAACACUGCAGCCGUUAGCAUCAGUGCCACCAACAGUCGCAGUAUGAGCUCCUCGGCAGCAGCUGUGGCGUUAUCUUCAUCCUCGCAGCGCGGCAGCAGCAGCCACAACAACAACAGCAACAACAACUCGUUACUCCCGCCACCUAGAUCAUCGCUGACUGCGGGCGCCACACUCGCCGCCGGCACAACAAUAACGCCUGCCACAAACAGCUCGCAUCGGUCGAGCGUUUUGCCACCGCGCACGAAUCUGCCGAAUCUCACGAUAACGCCAUCGGUGACCAUAACGCCGACGUCGGCGCCGCCUUCCAGCCUGAAAGCACGCAAUGUACCUGGGACCAUUAGCAAUUCGGUUUCCAUAACGCCGGCGCCGCCGCUGCAACAAUCGCAUCAGAAUCAGCUCAACGAUUUAAAGAAUGAUCGCAAUGCGGCACGAGAGGAGGCACAAACACCGGCACAGCGUCAAGCGGCAGCGAAGAUGGCGCUACGAAAGCAGCUGGAAAAGACUUUGCUACAGAUACCGCCACCAAAGCCGCCACCACCAGAGAUGCACUUUAUACCGAAUCCAAGUAACACGGACUUUGUCUAUCUGCUGGGAUUGGAGACCGUUGUGGACUAUCUGACGGUGAAUAAGAAGGCCAAUGCGGUGGCAGCUCCAUUCCGUUGUGCCCAAUGCAAGAUUGACUUUACGCCCGUCUGGAAGUGGGAGAAGCAGACCAACAAGGAGGCCAAGGUGAUUUGCGAGCAGUGCGUCACCUCGAAUGUGAAGAAGGCGCUGAAGGCGGAGCACACGAAUCGACUGAAGCAGGCGUUUGUCAAGGCGCUGCAGCAGGAGCAGGAGAUUGAGCAGCGGCUGGCCAGCCAGAGCAGUCCGUCGCCAGUGGAGGCGCAUAGCUCCUCAUCCUCCUCGACAAAUGCCACAAGUGUUGCACUCACCGCCUCCAAUGUCGCAUCGUCGCUGGCGUCGCAUCAACAGGCGCUGCAGCGUGAACGGGAACGGGAACAGCGCGAGCAGCGGGAACAGCUACAAGCAUCACAUGCCUCGGCGGCAGCGGCGCUGGUUAAUUUGCCGCCAUCCGUGACUGUAAUACCAACCAAAUGCCAGACACCGACACCAGCACCGCGUCCAACGCCGCCACCGCCAGCAGCACAAAGCCAACAACCAACGCCACCGCCAGCCGGCAGCAACUCAUCCCGAUCCUCGAGAGCGGCGGCCACAGCGGCAGCAGCUGCGAUUGCGGCACAGCAGGCGGGCAUACUCAGUCCUGGCACGGGACCAACGGCAGCGCAUCAUCAUGAGCCCACAACGUCAUCAUCAUCGCGCUCAUCACGCGCUGAACGCGAUCAUCAUCAUCAUCAACAGCAGCAGCAGCAACAGCAGCGGGAUCAACAGCAGCGGGAUCAACAGCGGGAGCAACAACAGCAGCAGCAGCAACAACAACAACAACAACAGCAGCAGGCACAGAGCUAUGACAAAUAUUCAGCUGCCACAUUGGCAGCAGCAGCUCAUCUAACGGCACUCGGCGGCAUGGGCGGCUUGAAUAUCAACAAUCUGGCCAGCCUGGGCAAUCUCAGCCAGCUGGGCAAUCUGGCUGCACUCGGCGGUCUGGGCAACUUUGGUGGCGCCUCGACGGCAGCCAGCAAUCCCGCCGCCGCCAUGGGCAACACAUCCUCAGCAGCAACAGCUGCCGCCAUGCAGGCUUUCCAGCAGCAACUAUUUCGAGCACUUGGCCAGGGAUUGGGCGGUAAUCCUCAGCACAUGAUGCAGUUUGCGCCACUUCUAUACUCCUACCAAAUGGCCAUGGCGCAGGCGGCUCAAGUAGCAGCUUUCAACAAUAACAACAAGAAGAGCAGCUCAGCAUCCAGCUCCUCGAAGAGUUCCAGCAAUGCCACCAGCUUGGCGGACAUUCAACGUGCCGCGGAGUUGCAGCGUCAAUAUCUGCUGGAGAUGAUUCCGCCACAGCAGCCAAGUGGACCCAGCGGAAGUCGCCAAAAUAACUGGAAGGCCUAA